AUGGAUCCACGGUUCCUUGGUCAAAGCGAGUCCGCGGACUGGAUGUCGCUGGGAACAGAUAUCAACUAUGAUUCAAUCCCCGACACUACCUUUCCGGACAGCCACGAUUCAGCAGUAAUAUGUGAUUACGCAGGAUCACUAUCUAAUGCCCAGGAUGAUGGUACCUCUCAGCCACCUGCAACACUCGAAGCCGAGCCCCAACUGUCCGACUUCGAGGAGCAUGCCAUGGAAGGCUCCCGAGAUCACGAACCCCUCAUCGAUUGGAACUUUUUCGACAUUUGGUUCGCUCUAUAG